ACGCAUAUAUACCAACUACCCCAUAUUUACGGUUAAAAAAUGCAUGUAAAUUAUAGUACUAUAUGUCAAAUGUUAAUGCUACAAAUUUUCCACUAAACAAAUGAAAACCCAAUAAUAGUUCAUAGUCCACUUUGUUCUUCUAUAAUCAAGAUCUCAACUUUUUCCCUUUUCUUGUCCUUUCUUUGACCUUCCCAUAGCUUAGCAGAAAUUUCCUUUUUUGGGUCCAUUUGCUUUUUCACUGUUCUCUAGUGAUUUAAAAGAUUUGUGCUUUAUAUAAUCAAUUUAUUACUAUGUCUUUGUAUCUGAUUACUUGGAAACUUUGAUUAUUCUUUUGGUAUUGGAAUUGAUUCUUUGAUUCUAUUCAAUUUAAUCUCUGCUAAGCUUCUAUAUCAAGGCUAGUUAACAGUCUUUUAGCUCAUUUUGAAUCUUAAUUUGAUAAGCUUGAAUGAGUCUUGGAUUUGAAUUCUUGUUGACUUGUUUGUGGUUAAUCCUGGGAAGUUUGUCUUUGUUUUUGGUAGUGGAUUAUUUGGUUGAAGUAUCAAGAUCUUGUUGAUUUUUUGGGGGGACACUAUAGAAAAAAUGGAUCUUGAUGUAAGAAGGAACUAAAGGAGUUGUUAAUCUAGGAUCAAGAAAUGGGGAACACUUGUGUAGGACCAAGUAUUACUAGAAAUGGAAUUUUUCAGUCAAUUUCAGCAGCAAUGUGGCGAACCGGAUCGCCUGAUGAUACUGCUUCCACCACUACUAAUGGUGAAAGUGUUAGAGUUGAAACACCAACUUCUGUUAAAGAAACUGAUUUACCUAAUUUGCCAGUUCAAGAUAAGCCACCAGAACAUAUAACAAUGCCUAAGCCAGAAAAGAAAGAGGAAGAGAAACCUAAAAAAACGAAAAAGCCGGCUGAAAUGAAGAGGGUAGCAAGUGCUGGACUUAGGACUGAUUCUGUUUUACAGAAGAAAACUGGCAACUUAAAGGAGUUUUUCAGUAUAGGAAAGAAAUUAGGACAAGGGCAGUUUGGUACUACAUUUCUUUGUACUGAAAAAGCGACAGGGAAGCAGUACGCUUGCAAAUCGAUUGCUAAGAGGAAGUUGUUAACAGAUGAUGAUGUGGAAGAUGUUAGAAGGGAAGUGCAGAUAAUGCACCACUUAGCAGGUCAUCCUCAUGUUAUAUCGAUAAAAGGAGCUUAUGAGGAUGCUAUAGCUGUUCAUCUUGUUAUGGAGUGUUGUGCUGGGGGUGAACUUUUCGAUAGGAUUAUUCAGCGAGGGCAUUAUACGGAAAGAAAAGCAGCUGAGCUCACAAGGACUAUUGUUGGAGUUGUAGAAGCUUGUCACUCUCUUGGUGUCAUGCAUCGUGAUCUUAAGCCUGAGAAUUUUCUUUUUGUUGAUCAGAAGGAGGAUUCACUUCUCAAAACAAUUGAUUUUGGGUUAUCAAUAUUCUUCAAACCAGGCGACAAAUUUACUGACGUUGUUGGCAGCCCGUAUUAUGUUGCACCAGAAGUUCUCCGAAAACGUUAUGGUCCUGAAGCUGAUGUCUGGAGUGCUGGUGUAAUUAUCUACAUCUUAUUAAGUGGAGUACCUCCUUUCUGGGCUGAAAAUGAGCAAGGAAUAUUUGAACAAGUCCUGCACGGUGAUCUCGACUUCACAUCAGACCCAUGGCCAAGUAUUUCAGAAGGUGCAAAAGACUUGAUGAGGAGAAUGCUCGUUCGAGAUCCAAAAAAGCGUUUAACUGCACAUGAAGUUUUAUGCCAUCCAUGGGUUCAAGUUGAUGGUGUGGCUCCUGAUAAGCCUCUGGAUUCUGCAGUUCUGAGUAGAAUGAAGCAAUUUUCUGCAAUGAACAAGCUCAAGAAAAUGGCUUUGAGAGUCAUUGCUGAAAGCCUUUCCGAAGAAGAAAUUGCCGGUCUUAAAGAAAUGUUCAGGAUGAUAGACACAGACAAUAGCGGUCAAAUAACUUUUGAGGAGCUCAAAGAUGGAUUAAAAAAAUUUGGCUCUACUCUGAAGGAGUCCGAGAUCUAUGAUCUUAUGCAGGCUGCUGAUGUUGAUAACAGCGGAACAAUUGAUUAUGGUGAAUUUAUAGCUGCAACAUUACAUCUUAACAAAAUUGAAAGAGAAGACCAUCUUUUUGCUGCUUUCUCAUACUUUGAUAAAGAUGGAAGCGGCUACAUCACCGCAGAUGAACUUCAACAUGCUUGUGAAGAAUUUGGCAUUGGAGAUGUUCGCAUGGAAGAAAUGAUCAGAGAAGCUGACCAGGACAAUGACGGACGCAUUGAUUACAAUGAGUUUGUUGCUAUGAUGCAAAUGGGAAAUCCAGUGCUUGGUGGUGCAAAGAAAGGUUUAGAGCAUAGUUUCAGCAUUGGAUUCAGAGAAGCACUAAAACUAUAGAUCUUUGAAGAGUCUAUUAUUUUCUUCAUUUCCUUCUGGAUCUUUUGUGUAUUUAGGAGUGUAUAGUAUUAAAAUUGUACUUGCUAAACAUCAUUGUUGUUUUCCUGUGCAA